AAUGCGACCACGGACAGCAGACAGCACGGUUGGCAGCAGAAGACACUUUGGAGUCCGUGAGAAAAACAAGACCUCAAAAAUUAGAGGUUCUUUUCGGCAGAGGAGCACCGACGGACUGCAUUUCAGAACCUUGGAGAGCUCUCGCAGAUCGCUCCAUCUGGGAACCAGUGUCUUACCUGAAAAUCGCAACUAUGAGACAAAUAAGCGGCUGUCAACCUUUGGUGCUGGUAGUACUACUGAGUGCACUGAGCUGCAAGACUUUGGGUCUUCCCGCUAUCUCCACGUACUCAGCGAUGAGAUCAGAGGACCUUGACGGAGAUGGGAGUGACAGCGACCUCUCCAGCAGUCCGUCUGCACAAGACUUCGAGAACUAUAAACUACUUCAUGAGAUCGCGAACACUAUGGCAAGACCAAGAAGACAUGCUGAUGGUCUCUUCACUAGUGGCUACAGCAAGCUCCUCGGUCAGCUUUCAGCCAAAGAAUACCUGGACUCCUUGAUGGGGAAGCGAAUUAGUGAUGACCUCGAUGAUGAUCAAUUAAUAGCAAAGCGUCACUCGGACGCGGUGUUUACCGACAACUACAGCCGCUAUCGCAAACAAAUGGCAGUGAAGAAGUUCCUCAACUCUGUCUUGACGGGGAAAAGGAGUCCCGAGGACACUCUCUCUAUGCCCGAGGAGGCGAUCCUAUGAAGCCACAGCUUCUUAAGCUAAGUAGACAUCGUGAUGCAUAACAACGGUUUAAUUCUUCACCAAGACGUGCCCUCAGCCGGAUGCCAAACCUAAAGUUUACAGAUGCCAUUGCCAAGCUUGUACAUACACGCAACAAUCAACAAUAUGCCAACUACAACUAAGUACACUCUGCCAUAUCUAGCAAAACAUUGGGAGGAGCAGAAGAAAGCAUAUUUAUAUAAAUAUUUCUUUACUUAACAAAAACGGGUGGUGUUGAUUAGCUUCGCAACCCUACAAGCAGUCGACCUGGGCCAAUCUGCGGUCACUGUAGGUUGCCUAUGUAAGCCGUCAGCUAAGUACCAGACCUUUUACCUUUACAAAAACAUGCAGUAUCUAUCCAAAUAUUGUUAUAUAUCUACAAACAGUAACGCAUUUUAUCAGAUAUCCAUGGCAAUGUAUCAUACACUGCAUUAGAGACUACACGAGUAUGGACAGAACGAGAAAAUAGUGCAGAAAAAAAACAUAAAAAAUAAUAAAGCAAUGAAUUCGAAUGACGUUUUUGACUAAAAUAUUUUGACCACAGUGGAAAUUGUUACAGACUUGUUUCUUAAAAAAAAAGAUGCUUAAGUAGAGUUUGUUGGUGAACGUUGAUUUAACGUGUACAGCUAAUAAAGUGAACAACAAACA